CUGGGAUCUUAGUAUAGAGAUCUUUUAAACUAUAUUUUGGGCAACCUUUCACUCCUCAGUAAUUUAUUAUAAUAUUUUAAUGAGUGAUUGGCAUCAUCUGCCAUCUUUUUCAGGUAUAAUAAAAUAUUGUCUUCCACCUGAUUCAGUAAUUUCCCAAUCUAAAACUAAAUCCUUGUUAGUCCCACUCUGGAUAACAUAAUAUUGUUCUCAUUGCUUCCUAUAAUCUACAGCAAUAACUUGAAUAUAUUAUUUCCACUUUUUUCCAAACAAGCUUGAGCAUUAAGUUCAAGUAUUUAUUAAAAGAACAACAACAAGAACCCCCACCCAUUUCAAUAUUUGGACCCUGAAUCAUAGCUUUCUAAUAGCUACAUUUUUGUCUUUCUCUUUUAUUUCAUUUUUGGUUUCAUUUUUUCCUAUUGUCUCUGACUGCUUGCUACACAUUUAUAUAGUAGCAGUUUGUAUCCUUGUUGUCUAGAACAUAGAAAAGAAAGAAAAUAAAAUUUUUAAUCUUGAGCUAGUUUCUUCAUUCCCCGACAUCUAGUAUGUUCCUAAACACUUUCCUCUGCUGUUCAUGUGGUGUAUGCUUAAGGAAUAUCAACUAGUUUUUACAUUUGAUACUUGGAUUUUUUUCAAUAUUAAAUUUGAUACUAAAUAUCUAGGAAGGCACAAAUUACUAAAUAAAUUUGGUAUAGUCCAAAACUAAACAUGAAUUACUUGUAGAUUAUCACUUGUUUUAUCCCAUCCAUGAUCUUUUCCCUUCAUAAAAAUAGAUAAUUGAGAAUUUAAUGUGACUGCACUUUGAGAAUGGAAAACAUCUGUAUUCAUACACAUGGAUGAUUCUCCUCUUAAUUGCUCUCUGUAAUUUCAAAUAACUCAGCAUAACCAAAAUUCUAUGGCAUAUUUUAUUUAUUAAUAUUUCUCACUAAAUUCAUUUUCAAACCAGUAUUGUGAAUGCCCCUUUCUAGGUAGAUAUUAAUGCAAUUGUGGAAUUUAGAUAUUACCAGAAAUUACCAGCUAUAUUCUCCUAAUCUUCAAGAUUGCCCUUAAUUAUAAAUCAGUUAAUUACUAACAAAUUAGAUAUCAUACUGAGGAAUUUUUAACCACUUGGGUAUUUUGGAAGCUUUUUGUUUGUGUUAAGCAGACUCCUCUUUACCUUUUUUCCUCUCCCCACACACAUAUAGAAUUUUUGGUUUUGUAUAGUAGAGCAAUGUUUAGUCAAAAAUGUAUUCAUUUUUUGAAAAAUAUGUUUGUAAUUUUAAGUUGCCCUGUAUUUUAUGCUAGUUACUUCAAAGGAGCCUCUUCUACUGCCACACAAUCUCUGUUCCCUCUGUAUGCUCAAACAAAACAGUGGAGGAGACUGUUGGGCCAGUAGGUUUGCAGCUGCAGAGGUACUUUCCUUAUAACAAUGCUUUAUGAGGUUGCUGCUCCCAUCACUCUGCUCAGUAAAAUUAGCUCAUCUUGUAAUGGAGGGGAAAAUUCGAGUCGCAGCGCAGAGAAGCGAUCAGCUGAAGAAGAAGCCGAAGACUUCUCAUCCAAGCCUGUGCCUGCAAAGAUAGCCAAGUUUGGGUUUGCCAUAGGCAGUCAGACGGCAAAGAAAGCACCAGUCAUAUCCAUCAAACUUGGAGCAAGUAAGCCUAAAGAAACUGUUCCAACUCUUGCCCCUAAAACCCUUUCAGUAGCAGCAGUUUUCAAUGAAGACGAUGAUAGUGAACCAGAGGAAAUGCCUCCAGAAGCAAAGAUGCGGAUGAAGAAUAUUGGAAGGGAUACGCCAACAUCAGCUGGACCAAACUCCUUCAAUAAAGGAAAACAUGGAUUUUCUGAUAACCAGAAGCUGUGGGAACGAAAUAUAAAAUCUCACCUUGGAAAUGUCCAUGACCAAGAUGAUGACUAAAUGAUGUGUUUCAAGAUUGGGGUAUGGGGUGGGUGUGAUGUUAAAAGGAACAGUUUCCUUUUUUUUUUUUUAAAGGAAAAAAAAGAAUGAUAUAAGACUAUCUUUGGAGCCACUUUAAAACAAAAAUUGAGUGGUCUACUAAUAAAUGAAAGUUUGAAAUUAGAGGUAAUUUAUGUUUUAUACACAGAUUUCAAGACAUUUGCUAAUUUUGUAGUUCAUGUGAUUAGUUUCAAAAGGUUACAGAUAAUAAAGAAGUCAGAAAUGGUACCUUUUUAAGAAUUGCUUAUUUUUUUAGUCACAACUAUUAGCACAUUAAGGAGGAAGCAAAAGUUUACUGUCUCUUUGACUGUUCAAAUUGAAAACAACUACUAAACUCUAUCUUUACCUAAACUAUCUGGCUCCCAAGAACAGCCUUAUAGAGAAGGAGUGUUGUACUGGGAGGGAAGUGUACUGGAACGUUGAUUUGAAAAUAAUAAUUUAGACAAAAUAGAAAUAUGACAGCUUUUUUUUCAAUGGACAUUUUUUUUAGUCAUGAACUAGGCAUUGCUAACAGCAGCUACAGAAGCUAUAACAAGAAAAACCAUAAUUACUCUUUUGAAAUUUUAUGUAAAGUAUUUAAUAUAUGAUGUGGCCUGAUUCAGCUUAAUAGGGCUUGUCCUAAAUUCAUUGGUUUUCAAAGGACAAGCAUUUACAGUGCAAGUAAAUCAGUAUUUUAAAUGUGUUUCUUUGAGUUAUUGGUAUUAACAAGCUCCUGUAAGCAUGUCCACCAGAACUUGAGAUAAAUAUAAGGAAGCUGUUUCUUUUAAAAAGUAAGCCACCACCAAAAAUGUGAUUAAAAUAUAUACAUUGCUUAAAUGCAUUUGGCUUUUUUAAUUUUAAAAGAAAUGACACACCAAAAAUUCAUUAACAUUGUAUAAAGAUGGUGAAGGUGCACUUUCUGUAUUGUCAGAGCAUUUAAAUUACCAAUUUAGUGAAAACUAAUUUGAAUAUAAGCAACGUUAAUUUUCUCAUUACUAGGCUGGUAUAUAAUAUGCUCAUUGAUAAGCCUAUUUCUUUAUAGACCACUGGCCCAUUUCAGGUACUGAAAAUACAAGAGAGUGCAUCUUUAAAAUUAUUUUAUGAAAGAUUUGACCACUUAUACUUUGAGUCUGUAAGUUCUGAGAGGUUUCUUUUGUAUUUUUGUAUCGUAUAUGUAAUCUUAAAUUUCUUUGAAAUAUAAUGCUGUUGGAACACCUGUUUUAGUAUCUUUAAAAGCUUUGUCAUAAAAAAUGUAUAAUGUUUUCUUGAAAAUUCCUUCAAUGUUGAAUUUGAAGGCAGCUUUAGACUAUUCUAUUGGUGGUAACUGCCAGUUAAACUCUAGAAUAGGUAAUCGUUCCAGAGGAGCUGCCUUGUAUUGUAUAUUCCUAAUACUUUUGUCCAGUUGCAUUUAUAUUUAGAAUAUGUCCCACAUAAAACAAUGAAAAUGUACAUAGAACUAUUAGUUCUUCCUUAUUUGACUUAACCAUAUCAAAAUUCAUAAAUUUAUCUUUAGACUCUCUAAUGUAGGCAAACUUUCCAUUUUUCUCCUUUUUAUUGUUAUGUUUAAAGUAAGGAUUCUUCCUCUUCUGAAUGUUUUCUUGACCCAAAUGAAAUGAUAGCCUAAGGUCAAGACAGGAGAGAGUGAUGACUGAGAUGAAUGUCUUUACUAAAAUACCAAUAAAUUUGUGAAACUCA